UUUCGUUUCUCGGUGCAACAAGUCGUUGACGUCGUCGUCGUCCCAACAUUGAUGUUGUUGCAUGCAUAAAAACGCCCGCUACACAGUGUUUAGAGAGUGGAAAUCUGCAGCAGUUACAAAUGCAGCCCUAAAUAGAAAGUGGAGUGAGUGCAAUGCAACGCAACGCUGUGCCGCACACAUUAUUUCAAAUCGAAAUUUAGUACAAUGCACUAGUGAUACUGAAGCCUACAUAGUGUCUUAAGUCCGAUCAAUGAACCUGAAAAUUGACAAAGGCGUAAAACGUUCGACUUUACUACGGAAUCAAUGCAUUAUUAAUUGUAUGCAGCAGAACUUUGACUUCCUUCAAUAAUGUAUCUAGUGUACAAGUAGAACAUUCUUAGUAUGAAAACCCAUUCUUGAAUUAUUUCAAAUGCUUUCCGAGAUAGAAUAGCCCAUGUUCGUUGUGCAACAGAAGUGACUAUAAUUAAUUAAAGCGAAAUAUGAGAACAAUUUGAAACCCUCAUAUUUUUGUAUGUCGCGUCGCCAGUAAGCAUUAAACACUUGUGGAGAACAGCUGAACUUAAUCUGUCGCUUAUUAACUGUAACAGUAUACAGAAAAUCACGAAGCUAUUCAGAUAAAGAACGGCAUAACCAGACGCUCCUUCACUUUAAAUAUGGACUGAUUUAGAAAUUAAUAUUUAAAUUGUACAUCGAUCCUCGAAUCCACAAUGGAAAUGGAUGCUAGUGUUAAGACCACCACAUACUCUCAAAGUGGUAGUUCAAUAGAUUACAGUAGCGAUAUCAAUGCUAUUAGUGUAGAACUACCCGAACCAGAUGAUUAUCAAUCUUUGAAUGGCUUUAAAUAUUUGCCUGCCUGGCCAGCUGUUAACUUGGAGUUUUCAGGUCUUACAUUCGAAGUGCCUGACGAGAAUAAUGCUCCAAAAACAAAGAAAAUCUUACGUGACAUUCAUGGGGAGUUUCGUUCCCAUGAGCUGAGUGCAAUUAUGGGGCCAUCCGGUGCAGGGAAAACCACACUAUUAAACUUAUUGGCAGGAUUCGGCUCUUUUAGUUCAUCUGGAGAAAUUCUAGUUAAUAACAACCCGCGUGAUAUGAGAAUCUUUCGCAAAAUGUCUAGAUACAUUAUGCAGACGGAUAUUCUCGACCUACAGUUCACAGUUAGCGAAUUAAUGUUAUUAGCCGCCAACUUGAAACUUGGAAACGAAUUAAAAUUAGAACAAAAAAUUGAAGUGAUAGAUGAAAUAUUAGGAAUGCUACGCUUAAAAGGGGCUCAACACACAAAAACUGAUAAAAUCUCUGGAGGCGAACGGAAACGUCUUUCUAUUGCAUUGGAAUUGGUUAACAACCCACCAAUAUUAUUUCUAGACGAACCAACAACAGGCCUGGACGAUUUGUCUAGUUCCCAAUGCAUAACAUUGCUGAAAAUGUUGGCAUCCGGUGGACGCACCGUCAUUUGCUCUAUACAUACACCCUCUGCUAAGAUUUUUGAAAUGAUUGACAAAGUCUACGUUCUCGCUGAAGGACAGUGCAUCUACCAAGGGAGCGGCGUAAACAUUCUCCGCUACAUGAAUCACAUAGGACUAUCAUGUCCGCUCACCUACAACCCUGCAGACUUCAUAAUUGAAGUAGCAUGUCAUGAAUACGGAAAUGGAUAUCAUAAUCAGAUGGUAGAAGCUGUAAGCAAUGGCAGAGUCUUCCGCUGGUCUCCAUCCACGGAAGAUGGCAAGAAGACUCCAACCAAAUCAGAUACAACGUCAGGAGCCUCAACGUUCUACGAAAUUGAUCAGUUUGAGGAAGAAAUGAACCCAGAACUAUUAAUAUCGAAGUCAAGUUGGUGGAUGCAGUAUAAGUUACUGCUUGUGCGAAUGAUGAUACAAAUGUGGAGAGACAAAUCGCACAUCAAACUGAAAUUCUAUAUGAACAUCAUUCUUGCACUAAUUGUUGGUGGACUUUAUCAGGGAGUGGGUCGUCAAGCUUCUAAAGCUCUUUUCAAUUUCGGAUUUAUGUUCACCAUUGUGAUAGCCUAUUUAUAUUUGCCAAUGAUGCCGGUGCUACUACAAUUUCCGACCGAGAUCAAAUUAUUAAAACGUGAAUACUUUAACCAGUGGUAUCGAUUGAGCUCCUAUUACGCCGCAAUGCUCUCUGCAAAAUUACCUUCAAUGUUUAUCUUGGCUGUUAUUUAUCUAUCAAUAGUGUAUUUAAUGUCGAGCCAGCCUCUGGAAUGGUUUCGAUUUAUCAUGCUCUUCAUUAUCGCUUUUCUAACGGCUCUCACUUCGGACAGCUUUGGCUUGCUGAUCUCCAGUAGGCUCAGCUUAGUGAAUGGCAUGUUCAUGGGACCUGUUCUUGCUGCCAUUAAUCUUACUUUCCAUUUAUGGCAUUGGUUAUGGCAAGGAUGCCUACAUUUCCCCGAUCAUGCGAUUUCUAAUGUCGCUCAGUUUCUUACGACACGGUAUGGAAGGAUUAGUGGCCGCUUUAUACGACUAUGGAAGAGGGGAUACUAUUUGUGAGGAUUCGGAAAUGUUUUGUAUGUUCAAAAAAUCACAGUUUUUGUUGAUGUUCCUCGGGUUUGAAAACAUGCAUUACCUAUGGUCCGUCUUUUGCCUAAUUGCAUUUUAUCUUUUCUUCACCGUUGCUGCCUACAUAUUGAUACGGAAACG